UUUUCAACCAAUCAUAAAAUACACAAUGUCUACAGGUGCAUGCAACAAAGCAAUUGUGUGAAACUUGGAUGACAAUCACUAAGGUUACUACUUUUUUACGGUUGAGACAACCUAAUUAAAAUUCAAACGAAAUCAGUGAUUGUCUCUCAUUCGUAGCAUUGCAUACAAAACACUUCAGUUCAUUCGUUAGGAGUAAUGAUGAAGCAGCCCCUCUCUUUCACGGUAGGCUUCAUUUUGACACCUGUAGCAGUGCGACGUAAUGGUUUUCAGCACUCUCCAAACUACAUAACUCCAGAGUACAAUGUGAGGUACCAGCAGAAGAAUAGUCACGAAUACUUUGGCAGUAUUCUCUGUCUCCGG